UUAAGUCAUGUAGGUUUCCGCCAUAUUGGUUGGUGAUGAAAGUAUUUGGACCUGUCAGUAAAGCGAUACAAAUUACCAGUGUGUUUUUGCUUUGUGCAUAUACUUAUGAUAGCAACGUUUUUCCCGAAAAAUCAGAGUGGAACUCGUAGAAUGAGUAACCAAGAAGCAAAGAAAGCCAAGCGGAGGAAAAGCCGAGUCCAAACAGGAAAACCCAGCUUAAGCUCUAUCUCACAAAUGAAACAGAGUGAAGCUUCCUUCGAAGAGAGUGGUGAUGCUGAGAGGAUAGCCAGGUUGAUGGAUGCAGCAGAUGAGUCGGAAGUGUCAGUACCUGCAUUCAGCAGAGGUCCCAACCCUUAUCUGGAUCGAGAAAAGUGUCUGCUUUGUGGCAUUGAUCGAGUUGAUCCCAUUCAGCCUGCAGCUGGAGAAGUAGAACAUCAAGUUGAUGUUCAAGGUCACACAUUUUCUCAGCUUCCUCUGUGGGUGUGCCCUUCCUGUCGAAGAGAUGCUGACAAUGACAUGUUCAGGAAAAUGGACUUAAAAAGUGUUGCAGAAAUCCCCAUGCCAGCCUUUGGUCUUAACACAGGGCAGAUGGGUCUGCCACAGGCAACUCUUUCAUCUGGCAUGGCAUUGGGAAAGGAUUUGCACAUGGACUCAGCAUCACUUGGUCUGUUUAAUGACAUUAAUCUUGCUAGUGCUAGUGAACCAGUGUUACCAAAUGGUACUCUGUGUACAUGUGAGUCUUGCAUUGAAAGGAGGCAAAUCGCUGCAGAGCACACUCGAGAAACACAAGAAUUGCAAAAGUGCUGGACAGAUCUGCGCACUUUGGUCAGGGAUCUCUAUUCUCAGGAAAGGCAGACACUAACCCCACAAGAGAGCAGCACUUUUCGUGAACUGGUGGCAAGGUUAUGCAGCCGAGAUCCACAUCAGCUUUUUUUGAGAUUGGAGUCUCAGGUACGGGAAAGGGUGUUUGAGAAAAAGCGUCAUCUUUCAGAGAAGCUGAAUGUAGGUUACAGUACUCCUCCAGAGGCACGGGAGAUUAUGAGCACUCUGCUUUCAGAAUAUGUUCAGCUGUGCAGUGUGUCCCGCCUGGUCUCAGAACAUCUUACAGACUUGAAAGAGCAUCUGGAGAUGUUCCACAUGACCUGGGAGGUACAUAACAAGCAUCUUUACCAUUCCAUCAUCUACUCUGAUCCAGAAAUCCAGAGCCACCUGGAACCUCUCUGUGACCAGCUUCGGAACGGGGCAUUGUCCAAGGAGUCUUACAUGGAGGAUACCUACCCCAAGUUGAUGCGCAAUUUUCUGGACUUUCGUAAUGAGAUGACUGUGAUUCUGGUCAUAUGGCAAGAGUGUCAGCAGAGAAUUGAACGGCAUAGUGAAGAGCAAGCAGCAUUGAAGGUGAAACAGAAAUGGCUGAAGGAAGACUGGGAAUUCUUUAGGGCACAGAGGAAGCUUUUAGAGCAGCAGAUGCUAAAGAGUAAUCCUAGGGCAUCGACUCACAGCAUGGAGGCACAGUUCACAGAGACAAUGAGAAACAUGUUAACAGGGACUAAACCGACAACUGAAGAAUGCUACUGCCCUCGAUGCAACAGAAAAAGAUGUCCCUGUGAUGAAUGCACCAUCACCCAUAUGAUCACAUGUGGCAUCAUUAACCCUGAAGCCCUGGAAACAAAUGGCACCCACCACACUUUUAACUUCCCACAUGACAGUCGCUAUGUCAUUGAUGUCACUCCACCAUCCAUGUCGUCGACAACUUCAUCUUCUGCUUCAUCUUCACCUUUGCCGAUCAGCCCUGCAAAAGUUGCAGCCCAUCUAAGCACAACAGAAGUGGACAACUUGAGGAAUCCUGAAGCCCCUGAAGAAGACAGCAACCAGGCAGAUGAAGGAUUAGAAGAAGAGGAAGAGGAUGGAGAAGAUGAGGAAGAAAUUGAAGAGGAGGACAAUGAAGAAGAGGAAGAGGAGGAGGAAGAAGAAGAUGGGGAGGGUGAGGAAGAAGAACAGGAGGAUGAGGAGGAAGAAGAAUGUGAUGCAGAGGAUGAAGAGGAAGAAGAUGAGGAGGAAGACGAAGAGGAGGAAGAGGAUGGCAUCUCUGAAGACCAGAGAGAGUUUGACCAGAUGUUGGCCUCAGGCAAGCUUGGCCUGCCAAUGACCCCUGUCACAUUGCCUCCAGCAUCGCAUCCAGUGCCAGAUCUCUUAAAACCUUGGGAGCGUGAGCUACCUGAAGAGCCCCUGGAAGCUAGCACACAAGACUUCCCCUCACUGGCAUCUUGUGCUUGUCAUCAUUGUGUAGCAAAGCCUCCACCUGAGCCACAGGUGGGAACCGAGGAACAAGGAUGCCAAUGUCAUGUGUGUCUUCAGCAGCAAGGACAGACUGUCUCUACAGCUCUUCCUACUUCUCUGCCCCUCCCAACUCGUCCCGCUCAGUUGCACCUUUACCCCCACAUUCAUGGCACCCUCCCACCUACACCUCAUACCCACCCACACUUACAUUUACCACACACAGCUCACACUGCCCAUUUGGCACAUGCAGGGCAUGGCACCCGACCGCUGCUUCAGCCUCAAUUGUACGAUCUCCAUGGAUCACUACAGUCAGCACGUCAUCCUUUGAAGCUGGAGUUUGAUGAUUCAGAAGGCAUUCAGGACCACCUUUAUCACGCAUAUGGUGACUGGGACAACACAGUGCUGGAUCCACGGAUCUUGUUACCGACACCUCACCGUUUUGCUGCAGGGCUUGGAUCUGAUUUGCUACCACCUCCACCACUCCCUACUGACCCCCAUUUCUCGGUGGAGGGUCUAACACCCUCAACACCCAUGGCAGCAUCUCACACCCUGGUCAUGCCCAGCUCUAUUCUUGCCGCUGCAAGCACCACAAGCGCAUUUAAGGCAGUAGCAGCAGCAGGUUUUCCUACAAACAUCAGCAUACCUCCAGCUUUCCAGCUGCCUGCUGUGCCAUCCUCCAUUGAGGAUUCAACAUUAGCUGCUUCACAGUCUGUCACCUGCACAUCUGACCCUUGCAUUAAUCUCACCUCUGCCUUGUCUUCCCUUCCAAGUGGUUCCUCUCCAAGCAGUCUCCCUCACCCACCCCCCUGCACACGGCCAGCCACCCUUGGUGGGAACACAACAGCGUCUCAACAGCAGGGGAGCAAGGAGCAGCGAACAUACGCACAGCCAUGCAAAAAACAUACUCUCGUACCCAUCUCCACAGCAAUGCCUACCUCAGGCAAGGGGGCCAUGCCACUGCCUCCCACUCCUUCCAGUCAUAAUCAUGUUAACCCUGGUGUCCCUGUGUUCAGCAGUGGGCUGCAGGCUCCAGCAGGCAAAGUUCAAGGGUCACCGGGCAAAGCACAGCGUGUUGGUGUGGCUGCAAAUCAGGGACAUUCAUGCUCACAUGUGCAGCAUGUGUCUCAUAGUGGAGCUGAUGGGCAUGUUGAUCCUCAUGUGGGAGGAACGGGCACCUGUCCAUCAGCAACCUCGUUUCCCACUACCAUCAACAAUGUCAGCGUUGGCACCUCAACCCUUUGUGCAGACCCAGAUUGUCCGCAGCAUCAUGAUGACAACUGUGACAGCAUCGACGACAGUUGCUCAGAGAAAUCAUCGUCCACCUCAACUUCCAACAAUCAGAAGGAAGGGAAAUACUGUGAUUGCUGCUACUGCGAGUUCUUUGGACAUGGAAAUCCUCCUGUUGCUCAGACCAGUAAAAAUUAUGCAGAAAUGAGAGAGCGCUUACGAAGGAGGUUGAAAAGGCGGAAUGAAGCCAAGCAAGAAGGUGGCAAAGAGAACCAACCUGGAGUGAGGUCUAUUACAGACCCACUGGAGAGCAAAGGACUGGAGGAAAUCUUGAAAUUUAUCAAUGGCGGUGAUGCUGAAGCAGCCCACAGUGGCAGCAUGAAAGCAUUGGAAUCCUCUACCUCACAGCACAAUUUGUCAUCUAAAGCUGCUAAACGUGCCAGACAAAAACAGCGCAAGCAGGCAGAAGAGAAGGCGCGACAAGAAGAGGAGGAGCGUAAUAGACAAAAUGAGCUGCUCAGACAAAAAGCAGAAGCUGAGAACUUGGCAAAGAUUCAGAAAGAAAGUGGUUCUGCAACUUCUGGCAGUCAAAAAAAGAAGAGCAAACACAAAGAAGAAAAGGCGGGGAAACAGACAACUCCAGGACAAACCACAAAACCUAGCACAUCUUUAAGCAGUACAGAGAGUAGCAAAGAGGAGGGUGCAGCCAAGGGAUCAAAACACCGCUUGAAAGAUAAAAACGCCAAUGAGAAGAUUGAAAAGUCUUUGACAAUAGAUGCAUCAGCCACCGGGCAGCCCUUGCCCAUGAAAACCAAACAGGAGAGCAGGUCACCAUCUGGUGGCAGAGGAUGGCAGCAGACUCCGCUGCAAGCGGUGACAGUCAAUGGAAAGGGGUCUGGCAGUGCAAAAGGUGUUCCUGUGGGAUCCCAGUCUUUGCCAUCCAUUCCCUCCGAGAUUCAGGGCAAGUGUGGCCAGAUUUCUGGAGCUGAUUUGCCAGCUGCUUCGACAGCAACCAAUGUACCUCGCAAUCUUCCUGAGUCACCCAAUGCCAAGAAAGCCCGGCGACGGCUAGAAGCUCAACACCAGCAAGAUGCCAAGCGUAGGCUUGAGGCUCAGGAAGAAGUUGAGAAACAGCUGAGAGAAGUGGAAGCACAGGCGCAGCAGAAACAGAUGCUUAGACAGCAGAAGCAACAAUAUCCACAGCAACCUCUGCAGCAGCAAUUGCAGCACCAAUUGCUGCAGCAGCAACGACAGCAGCUUCAAAAUCAUCAGAAGCAGCAGCAGGUUCAAAAGAACGGGCAAGCUCCGAAGGGUCUCCAAGUGGCAAAGCAGUCUCCUCAGUCACCACAGACUCCAGCCAGACAGCAACCCAGUCAGCAACUCAGCCAGUCUUUUCAUUCCCACAAUGGUAAGAUGCCAGCAACACCUGUAGCACAUCAACCUCUAAUGUCCAACGGUUCUCCAGCUAAACUACAGAAUGGAAGUGUCCCUCAGUGUGCAAAGUCAGGACAUCAGGCGGCUCCAGGCAACCACAUCACCAGCUUGCCAGGAUCUCCACGUGCUAAACUUGUGCAGGCUGGCUCGAACGGACUGACUGCAGGACUGUUGUCACCAGACAAGAAGGCAUGCCUUGCUAGCAUGGUGGAGAAGAAUCGGGUGGAAGUUCAGGAACAGGUAGAGCAGGGCAAGAAUGCAAAGAGCAAGAAGAACAAGAAGAAGAACAAAGGAGGAGAGGUAUCAAAAGGAGUGGACGAGGUCUUCAUGCCCCGUUCAGAAUCGGAUUUAGAGAAUGGUGAAAUUGAUGACUUUGAACGUGAACUGGAAGAGUUUAAAAGAUUCUGCUUCGACACACCCAGCAAGCCUAAGAUUCAGGUGAAUGUCAACCUGAAGGAUCUGUACCUGAAGAAAAAGUCCAGUCUCAGCUGCUCUUAGAUUUGGGUCUGGACAUGCCCCGCUGACAUGCACCACCAGCAAGUCGCAGCACUGAUGCCAUCACAGCUGGAGUCCAAUUUGAAAACGACCAUCUCUAUAUUCUCAAUAACCUCCUUUCCUAUCCAUUUACUCGUCUCUGGGCUUUUUGGCUCUUUGUUUUGGUUAGGCACCAUUCUCUUUGGGUUUAUUUAUUCACAUAAUUACCCUCAUUGUGAGCCAUUUCCUUCUCUUUCAUUGGUGUUUGUUGUACUGUUUGUGUGUUGCGCAGCCUGCUGUGAUUUUGUCGCUGACAAAGAUGAUGCUGGGCCAAAGCUGUUAUUUUGUUGUGAACAUGCUGUAAACAGUUUAGUCAUUUUGUCAGUCAAACUAUGAGUUUAAUGUCUGGCACUGAAGAUUACCAGUGACAAGAAAAAUAGUCAUUGGGUUUGCUAUCAACAUGACAAAUGACCCAUAUGCUCCUUCGCUUACACCACUUAACACCCUCGGCACAAAGUUGCUCACAGUUUCUGAUGUGUUUUAUGGCAGUGCAGAAUCCCCUCUCCAUUAAGUCCACAUUUAGUGGUUAGGGAAAAACAGGAAACUGUGUUGCUUACCUUGACGUUUUCCACUUUCUAGUUGAAUGGCAACCGGAAGCUUGUGUACAGAGACAUUACUGACUGUGUGAGUGUGUGCUUGUGUACAUGAAAGAAUGAAUAUUGUUUUGAACAAGCUAAAUAAUAUCUUUAGUGGUCACUUGUUUGUCUCUGGCAUUUCUUUCAUGGAAUGUUAGCACGUGCACAAGUUCUGAUUUUACUUUGUUUUCCCUUUAAAACACUGACCUAUCCUUCCUUUCUUAUUCCCCCCUUUUUUAAAAAUGUUUCUAAUGGAAUUGUACAUUGCUUUGGGCGCUUUUUUUUUUUUUUUUUGUAGGCGUUCAAAUUGUGCAAGAGCACAAGUUUUAAGAAAUGUUUCUAUUGAUGGUGGGUCUCUAGCUUUGUAUCGAUUUAUCACCUCAAUUGCUACUACCUGAAGAGCUAGUCUUAUAAGACAUGUUUCCAUUGUAAUGAGGCUUUGCUUAACAGUACCUGGCCUUCUCACCUGCUGCCAGAAGCAAGUCGCAUCAUCUUCCCCUCCUACCCCCCCCCCCUUCCCCAGCUGGGCAUCUAAUGGCCAGGUUUAGAUGUUUUGAGGGUUUUUCCUUAGUUGCCAUGGUGACUGCUAUGCAAGAGCCAAGUUGGUGAGGAGGCAGUUGGUGAUUUUCACUCAAGCCAAGGAUUAGUGACUAGAUCACAUGCACGUUUGAAAACCUUUUUUUUUUCUCCCUUCCCCCUUUCCCCAUGCCUAAAUGUCAGACAUGGCCCUGCUGCCUCCCCCCAGCCUUGCCUCAGUCUCAGUAUGACUGCUUCUCCAAUCAUGGAUGCUUUUUCAGAUUGAGUUCUGUGCUUUGAAUGAACCCUAAUGUGAGUAAUGUGCAUGAACUCCACGCCAAAGGCGGAGUGGUAUGCAGUAGGCCAACCUCAAGUUGACAGACAAAAAUAAAAUGAUACCCCAAUUGAUACUCA